AUGCUUCUCCACAACCACGCCUACUCUUAUAUCUCAUUAGCUCUAACGGUCAUCAUCAUCUUCCUUAUUCUUCUCGCCAGUAACACUCAUACCACCGCCUCAUUCUUCCAUCGCCAUGGACAAGCACAAACCUUCCAGCUUCCAACCAUCCUCGCCCUCACCCCCACCAACUCCCCAUCCUACAUCGCCCUCCUCCUCGCCAAUCUACCCGCCCACGUCUACGCCCUCCCUCUCCCCAACGCCAGCCUAAUCGACGAGCGCGCCUACCCGCAAGGAAACCACCGGCACCUCUCCCCCACCAACCGAUCAGCGUGGCGAGCACACAUGGACGCUAUGCAAUACAUCAUUGCCAAAAAUUUGAAUAUAACGCUAGUUACAUCUGGUGAUGUAGCUUCGAGUGAAGAUCUACUUCAGCGAGUCCAGCCAGGUGAUUGGGACGUCACAUUCCUCAGCAACACUACAAAAGGCUUUGCGUAUGCAGUGACGCAAUCCGGCGCCCGGAAGAUCAUGUACGAGCACGGGAUACGCAAUUUCGACCGCGAGUUUAGGGCAGCGCUGGGGGAGUGGUGUAGGGGUGAGACGAGGAAUAUGGGGGAGAAGCCGAGGUUACUGUACUGCGUAUCUACGUGA